AUGGGAGCUUUAAUUGAUUAUAGAAAAAAUUUUUUCAGUACAUAAUAGUCUUACGCAUCAUCCUUUCAAUAAAGAGCUGCUGGUAAAGCGAAGUUGAAUUAGUUCUUAAAGUUAACUCAUCCUGAUAUGUUUGGAAAAGCUCCUGAGAAAGUCAGAGAGACUAAUGCAAAGAGUGUUUAAGAGCUUAACUAAUACUUGACAUCCCUUAAUAACUCAAAUUUCGGCAACUCUCUAGAGGAGAAAGAACUAUAAUUCUAUGUCAAAAAGGAUGAAUCAGACAAGAAGAUAAAGAUAGAGGGAAAUAAGUAGGAAGACUUCUUGUAGUUUACGAUAAAGUUAUUACCACUUAAACCUAAUUAGUCUCAAGAGAUUAAGAGCAUGCAUUAUACAAAUACUGUUGAUUCACUAAACAAAGCACUAGAGGACACUAUUUACAAGUUUUUCGAGAAAGGAGAGGAAUAUAUGAAAGAUGAAGAUACAGACAAUUCUUAUAAAGUUAAAAUCAGAUGGGAUCAUUUGAUAGAAAGAUAGAAGAAGCCAAGGUAGUUCAGCAAAGAGCUUGAUGAAGGUUUCAACAGCAAAUUGAUGGAAAUUUAUGCAAACUAAUAACUACAUAGAGAGACUGAAAAUGAUUUAUAUGUAAGGAAAUAUGAUCCUGCUAUGAAGCAUGCUGUGAAAUCUUCAUUAGCUUUGAGAAGAGGAGAAAGAUUAAGAGUGAAUGGUCUUGAUCCAAGUCAAAUCUUCUUCAAUAAAAACAUGGAGGAAUAUUAAGUUUAAAAUUGUGUUAGAAUUCUCUAAGGAGAUAGCCUUAAGCAAGAAGAUAAGAUGGCUCAUAUUAAUGUAUUGAAGGUAAUAGGAGAAGCACUAUCAGGUGCAGAGCCAGCCAUAUAUCUCAUGUUUGGAAGGUAUCAAAGUUAUAGAUAUGAUGAGAUUCCAGGUUAUAUAUCAGUACCUUAUUAAUUCAAGGUUGAGACUUUAAGAGAUUACAUAUCGUAAAAUCAUUAAUUAUGUAGAGAUUUAGCUAAGAGAUUCAUUAAUCUUUAGCUAAGUUAUGAUAGCACAUUAGAUUAAUUGGCUGAUAUUCUGCCAGGGCUUAAAAUUAAUAAAAAGGACUAGCAAGAUUUGGAUUUGGAAAAAUACACACUCUGCAUGAAGCAUCUGCUUAAAUAUAUGAGGACAUCCGAUGAAGUAAAAUAUAAUGGGUAAUUGAUAAAAAGGAAAGACUGGCUGUUGAGUAUUAUCCUGGAAAACGCAAAUUUACUCUUAGGAAAUAAAUUCAAGGUUUUUUCUGAUAAAAGUAUUGAAAUCCCUCUCAAUUUCAAAGAUAUAGACUUUGAUGAAUUUCUAUAUGAGAUUGCUACCAGAAAAAUAUAUGAUUUUGAGAUAAUACAAGAAACUAAUUCUUCUUAGAAUUAGAGUUAGAAGAUAAACAAUGUAAAUUUAUGA